UUCGGCUUUCUCAAGAGCCUAUAACUUUCGUCCAGUGUGGCUCCAUCAAAGCUUACUUGUGAAUGUGCAAUGAUAUCUUGUCCAUUUAUCCUUCUUCUGCUUCACCCGUUGCUUUGCUCUCCGCCAAUUGAGCUCCAGUUGGCGAUUCCGGACUCUACUCUGUGCGUUGUCAUACUCGGAAUUGCGUCCAGCAGGGGUUCAUGGGUGGUUAGGUGAUUACAUUGUUUUGUGAGAUUGUCGCAACAGAACAUUGUAGAGUUGGCGAUGGAGACGAUGUUGGUGCAAGGUUGUUGCACGCAGAAGUUUUUGGUUACAGCUCCUGUGGCUCUGCAGCGCAAGGGAUAUUCCGAUGUAGGAGGGGUGUCGAGAUUGCGGAAGCAUCAUAGUCCAUUGACUGGUUUAUCUCUUGUAGUUCGUCCCGUUCAGGCUCAUGAUGCGAAAAGAAGAUAUGGUCAAUCCAGUAUUGUUGCAAGUGCCGUCUCGACGUCAGCCGCUCCUGAAUCAGCUCCCGCCCCUCCUAAACAGGAGGCAGAUGUUAGGGUGCAAAAGAUUACCGAUGAUACGAUUAUUUUACGAUGUUGCAGCUUGGAGCGUUUGAAGUUUGAGAUUGAAUAUGGACUUAAACGUGGUACAACUGAUAAUUCUUACAUCAUUAAGGGUGGAUCCCAAACAGCUCUGAUUGAUGUUCCUGAUCAGUCUUUUACCGAGGGCUUCAUAAGUUCCCUCAAGUCCACGAUCGAUCUCAAAGACAUAAGAUACUUGAUCAUAGGGCAUAUCAGCCCAAAGCGUAUAGUGAGCGCGACAGCUUUGGCGGAGGCCUUGCCCGAAGGCGCAAGGCCAAUUGAAAUUUACUGUUCCAACCCGGCUGCACAACAGUUAAAGGGUGCCCUCUCACCUGAAAUAUUGGAAAAAUCUUAUCGAAUCAAUAUUGUGAAGGGUGACGAAUGCCUUGACCUUGGAGGAGGACACAAGCUGCAGUUCCAUCUGACGCCCACACCAAGGUGGCCUGAUAGCUUGUGUGUUUAUGAUCCUGCUAAUCAACUUCUCUUCACCAACAAGCUCUUCAGUGCGCAUACAUGCCGUGAAAGUGGCUUUGAUGUUGAAGGAUGGGAGGAAUACGUGGAAGACUGGCGGUUUUUCUUCGAGUGCAUGCUCUCGCCUGUUCCAAAGCAGGCUCGAGCUGCUCUUGAGAAGCUUCCAAUCGUGGCACAGUUUUCAGUUCCCAGCUACAGUGGGAGACAAGGUCUUGGUGUUUUGAAGGCUGACCUGCAAUACGUGAUAUCUAGUGUGUUAUCUGCUCUUAAACUACCCAUCGGCACAACAGCGCUUUUGUCAUCAGGAAGUGCUCAAGGGAAGGAUUUGGUUUGUGCGGCGUUGUGCCCUCUCCAUGGGCCAGUAGUGCGGUCCUCGCUUACUGAACUUGUUCGUGAAUAUAGGGUGUGGACUGAGAAGAAGCUAAAAGAGGUGGAAGAGGCCACUAUUGCUGUUAUCUAUGCUUCUGCAUAUGGAAAUACGGCUGCUCUUGCUCAGGCUAUCAGCCGUGGUAUAACCAAAGUCGGAGUUGGAAUCGAGAGUGUGAAUGCGGAGAUCUGCACUGGUGAGGAGCUUGCAUCCAUAAUCAAGUCAUGCAGUGGCUUUGUAAUCGGCAGUCCUACACUUGGUGGUCACAUGCCUACUCCUGUAAAGGACGCGUUGGGCGUAAUCCUCAAAGAUACCGAUGCAAGAUCCAAGCCUUGUGGCGUGUUUGGCUCUUUCGGGUGGAGUGGCGAAGCAAUUGAUGAAAUUGAGCAAUUCCUCAAAGAUGGCGGUUUUCAAUUUGCCUUUCCUGCAAUCCGGUGCAAGUUCAAACCAACCGAGGCAACGCUACAGACUUGUGAGGAGAGUGGCACAGAUCUGGCGCAAAGUGUCAAGAAGACCAUCCUGAAGCAGAAGCGAGCUACUGGUGGCCCUCAGUAUGUAGUUGCGUCCAAUGUCGAACAGGCAGUGGGUAGAGUCGUUGGCUCCCUUUGUGUGCUUACUGCAAAGGUUGGAGAUGCAGAGAGCGCUAUGCUGGCCUCCUGGGUAAGCCAGGCCAGCUUCGUCCCACCUGGGAUCACCAUUGCUGUUGCCAAGGACCGCGCUGUUGAGGGUUUAAUACUUACAGGUAGCAAGUUUGCUAUCAGUGUACUAGGACAAGGAAAGAGUGGGCCCGUAAGCAAGCAGCUGUUGAAACCGUUCAAACCUGGCGAAAACCGUCUGGAUGGAUUGACAACUAAACAGGCCGAAAGUGGCUUGUACUAUCUCUCUGAUGCGAUUGCAUGGUUAGAGUGUACGGUGAAAAGCCGUAUUGAGACCGGAGACCAUUGGGUACUCUAUGCCACUGUUGAUUCCGGCAAACUCGAGGAUGCGCAAACGUUGACUGCUGUCCAUCAGCGCAAGACGGGUGCUCGUUACUGAAUCCAGGCACCCUGUAAUGGCCCUGUAAAGCUUAUGUAAUAUGUUCCAUCACUUUUUCAUACAAUCAGUGUAUCUUUUGUGCCGUUAGUUAUGUAAACAUGAAGCAAAUCUUUUCCUGAGGCUUCGAUGUAGAGUGUGAAUCUCUGCAACAUUUCAUGCUUUUACAUACAAGUAUUUUCACGUAUUGUGAUGAUGGACACUGAUACUUA